CUGACAGCGGUCACAUGCUCUCGCGCCUGCCACAUGGGCUGGAUUUCUGCUGACAAUGACGGAAAUGGCGAUGCGCGAAUCCCUGUCACCCUAAACGCGCCAACAAGCGCCAUGACCUUGACUUUCCCCAGGAAAAAAAACCCUUAAUAGCAGCGACCUGCUCCAGCACGACUACAUCACUCAUCAAUUGACCUCGCAGUUACGUCGUGGUCAUCUCUCCCACCUUUGGCCUUCUUCCUCCCUCUUAGCUACUUUACCAGCCCACGUCUUAUCGCAAUGGCUGCCGGUAACUUCUCCCUCACCCCAGGGCAGCACCCCUACUACCCAUUGGAGGUGGAGAUCGCGGGCUACCUCGCCAACAAAUGGGGCACGCUCGAGCUGCUGACCAUGUUUACUGCCGGGCUGGCUGUCAUCUUCAGCCUUACGUACGCCAUGGUGAAGCGACUGCGGCCGAAUGCCAGCACUGGAGACCUUGCGACCAUCAUGUGGUUCGUCAUGUGCGGGUGCAUCCACUCUUUCUUUGAGGGCUACUUCGCCUACAACUUCAGGGCCAUGGGUGGCAGACAGGAUCUGUUUGGGCAGCUGUGGAAGGAGUACUCGCUGAGCGACUCGCGGUACCUGACGCAGGACGCCUUUGUCCUCUGUAUGGAGACGGUCACCGCUGUCUUCUGGGGCCCCGGCUCGUUCAUCACCGCCUACCUCAUCUCCAUCGACCACCCGCUCCGCUACUCGGCCCAGCUCAUCGUCUCGCUCGGCCAGUUCUACGGCGACGUCCUCUACUACGCAACGUCCCUGUUCGAUCACUACAUUCUGAACGUGUCAUACACGCGCCCUGAGGCAGCUUACUACUGGGGAUACUUCGUCUUGAUGAACGCCUUCUGGAUCGUCAUCCCGGGGUACCUCAUGUACCAGAGUGUCUCGGCCACGUGGAGUGCAUUUGCGGCGGUCAAUGAUGCGCACAAGCUGUUGCAGAGGGCAGGUCAGAAUGGCUUUGCGAAGAAGAGCCGCUGAAGACGGGGUCAAGUCGAUUGGGGUGCAGGUCGAGACGACGGACGUGGCGUGCAAGGGGACAGUGAUGAUGGGAUGG